CUGCGCUCCAGGUGAGCGGCGAGGGGGGCGGGGGGAGGGGCCGAGCUGGAGGCAGCUCACCUGGCGGGACAGGUGCCUGGCUGUAACAAACCACGCAAUGAGCCAUGCCUCGCCCCGGACACCCCCGCCCAUCGUCUGGGCCCCCACGCUUGGGUCCCUGGGAGCGGCCAACAGAGCUGUGCCUGGAGACAUAUGAUGAGCCAUCCCAGCCCCCACCAAGCCGCCGCACCCGUAGGCCAGACCCCAAGGACCCUGGCCACCAUGGGCCCGAGAGCCUUACCUUCAUCUCUGGCUCUGCUGAGCCUGCUGCCGAGCCCCCAGCCUGCUGCCUGCUCUGGCGACCCUGGGUGUGGGACUGGUGCCAGGCUGCCUUCUGCUUCCGCCGCUGCCGGGGUUGCCUCCAGCGCUGUGGAGCCUGUGUGCGGGGCUGUGGCCCCUGCUUGUCUGCUGGGGACUCCCCUGAGGGGGCUGCCGAAGCCAGCUGGGCCAAGGAGCACAAUGGAGUGCCCCCCAGCCCUGACCGUGCACCUCCCAGCCGGCGGGAUGGCCAGCGGCUCAAGACAACCAUGGGUAGCAGCUUCAGCUACCCUGACGUCAAGCUCAAAGGCAUCCCUGUAUACCCCUACCGCAGCGCCACCUCCCCAGCCCCUGAUGUGGACUCCUGUUGCAAGGAGCCGUUGGCUGAGCCCCCACCCAUGCGGCACAGCCUGCCUAGCACCCUUGCCAGCAGCCCCCGUGGCUCCGAGGAGUACUACUCCUUCCAUGAGUCGGACCUGGACCUGCCUGAGAUAGGCAGUGGCUCCAUGUCGAGCCGCGAGAUCGAUGUGCUCAUCUUCAAGAAGCUUACGGAGCUGUUCAGCGUACACCAGAUCGAUGAGUUGGCCAAGUGCACAUCAGACACUGUGUUCCUGGAGAAGACCAGUAAGAUCUCGGACCUUAUCAGCAGCAUCACCCAGGACUACCACCUGGAUGAGCAGGAUGCUGAGGGCCGCCUGGUACGCGGCAUCAUUCGCAUCAGUACCCGAAAGAGUCGCACUCGCCCGCAGACCACAGAGGGGCGGUCAACCCGGGCUGCUGCCUCUGCUGUUGCUGCCCCUGACAGUGGCCAUGAGACCAUGAUGGGCUCAGGACUCAGCCAGGAUGAACUCACAGUGCAGAUCUCCCAGGAGACAACUGCAGAUGCCAUCGCCAGAAAGCUGAGGCCUUAUGGAGCCCCAGGAUUCCCAGCCAGCCACGACUCGUCCUUCCAGGGCACCGACACAGACUCAUCAGGGGCACCCCUGCUCCAGGUGUACUGCUAACCCCUGCCGGGCCUAGUGGCUGCAACCCCUUCUGAGAGCACAGCCUACACCAUGAAGAGGGGGACCAGGACCCCCUUUUGGGGAAGGCUGGCCACAAACCCAGAAGCAGUACCCACUCUGGCUCCUCCCACUUUGGCUGACUGGUUCCUGGACUAUGUGCAUUUCACUGGGCCAUGGUGCCCACAUCCUCCUGGAUCCCCAGCUGGCCUGACCUCUGCCUGGGCCUAUUUCUUCCUGCCCAGGUGGCCUGGGUCAUGGGAAGCACAGACUUAGGGGUUACCUUCUGGGAUUGAAUCCCAACUCUACUACCCCCAUAACAUACCCCCAUAACCCAUCAUGCAAACGUCCUCCUCCCCAAGAUGGGGGGAAGGGGGUGACAGCUAAAAGAAGCUUGUCUUAAAUGGAUUGGGUUGAGGGGCAGGCAAGGCCUGUGGAAUUCUGUGGGCAGUGCCCACUCCACAUUAUGUUCUGUUGAGCAGUUUCAUUCUUGGCUGAUAUUCUACACGCUAACAUGACCAUAGUUGCAAGUACAAAGGUAACGGACGUCUGCCUGGUCA